AUGAUGAAGGCUAAAGUCCCAAAGGACUUCAAAACUCCCGACAUGACCCCAUAUGAUGGUACGUCCGACCUAAGUCAUCACCUCAGCAACUUUAGGAGUCGGAUGUACCUCAUGGAUGCCUCGGAUGCAACUCGUUGCAAGGCCUUCCCUACCACCCUGACCAAAACGGCAAUAAAGUGGUUCGACAGCUUGCCCCCAAGAUCAAUCACAAGCUUCGUGGACCUCGCUAUGAAAUUCCUAGCCAGGUUCUCCAUACAAAAGGACAAAGCCAAACAUGCUCCAAGCCUGCUAGGGAUCAAACAUGGAGACCAGGAAAACCUCCGCAGCUACAUGGAAAGAUUCAAUAAAGCAUGCCUCGACAUACAGAACCUCCCCACAGAAGCAGCCAUCAUGGGACUCAUCAACGGUCUGCUUGAGGGGCCCUUCAGCCACUCCAUAUCUAAGAAACACCCCCACAUACAUCCCUGA